CCGCAACUACUUUCUGUGUCCAACUAUUCGCCCAUUGUCGCCGGAAUCCUUCUCCGGCGAACCAAUCUACGGCGAUUAACGUAUUAGAAAAACAGGAAUUUUGAAAAAAUGGGUCUCUUCCACAUAUAUUAGCAGAUCCAUCAUCAAAAAGAUUAACCCAACUCAUUCAUCCAAUCAAACUAAAAAUUAUGCUCUGAAAUUUUUAAAAGUAAAAAGGCUUAAGAUAAAAAAGCACAUCUGGUUCCCUCUCCCAGAUCGCCUAAUUCAGCCACUGAACCAAAACUAAAAAAAUCGGGAUCCCAACUCAAAAUCGUCGGAUUCAAGCCUCCGCCUCUCUCCGACUCCGGCUCUAUCGGCUCUCUCUGACUCCGGCAAGUCUUCCGAAUCGCCAAAUCGGGUUGCCAAUCCAAACCCUACUCAAGUCUCAAAUCGUAAACGGAAAGAGGAAAUUUGAUUAAAAAUGGGGUCUCUUCCACAUUUAUUAGCAGAUCCAUCAUCUCAAAAACCAACCCAACUCGUUGAUCCUAUCAAACUGAAAAACCUCUUCAAAUCCCAACAGAAAUACCUCAACACUUUCUUCGAUAAGCUAGACCAUUCCCAAACCCAUGUAUUCACACAAACUCUUUUAGACUCAACCGGUACCAUCUUCAUCACUGGUGUCGGAAAAUCCGGCUUUGUCUCCAAAAACAUCUCACAGACCCUCGUGUCUCUUGGCAUCAAAUCCCAAUUCUUGUCCCCUGUCGACGCUCUGCAUGGAGAUAUUGGCAUUUUAACCGACAAAGAUGUAUUGGUUAUGUUUAGCAAGAGUGGGAAUACGGAGGAAUUGGUAAAGUUGGUUCCAUGUGCGAGGGCAAAAGGGGCAUUCUUGAUAUCGGUGACAUCAGUGGAGGGGAAUGCCUUGAUGGGGUUGUGUGAUUUGAAUGUGCAUUUGCCUUUGGAGAGGGAGUUAUGCCCUUUUGAUUUGGCUCCAACCACAUCGACAGCAAUUCAGAUGGUUUUUGGGUGCACGGUUGCGAUUGCACUGAUGGAUGCGAAGAAUUUGACAAAAGAAGGCUAUGCGGCAAAUCAUCCUGCUGGCCGGAUUGGAAAGAGUUUGAUCUUUAAGGUGAAGGACGUGAUGAAGAAGCAAGGGGAACUUCCAUUAUGCAAGGAAGGAGAUCUGAUAAUGGAUCAACUAGUUGAGCUAACUAGUAAAGGGUGUGGUUGCCUUCUGGUGGUUGAUGAUGAUUACCACCUCAUAGGUACAUUCACUGAUGGUGAUCUCCGGCGAACACUCAAAGCUAGCAAAGAGGGGAUCUUCAAACUUACCGUCGGUCAGAUGUGCAACAGGAAUCCGAGGAGCAUAGGAGCGGAUAGGAUGGCGGUAGAAGCAAUGCAGAAGAUGGAGGCUCCACCAUCCCCUGUUCAGUUCUUGCCGGUCAUGGAUGAACAGAAUAUGGUGAUAGGUAUUGUGACACUGCAUGGACUGGUCUCUGCUGGCCUCUGAAUCUUUCCUUCAUUUGUUUUGUUGUUACUUGUGUAAUCAGAGGAAUAUAUUGUUGUUGAUUGUAAGUAUUGUUAAUUGUUAUAUACACCUUCAACCCUAUUAUCAAUAUUCUUUAAUUUAUUUUUUUACUGGUUGGUGGUU